AUGAUCGCCAGCGCCUUCCUUAUCGCGAAACGUCAAAUAACGCAGCUGAUAUUGAGAAGAAGCUUGGCCACCAGACACAACCGUCUCACAUUACCGCCAACAAUACUUAAGGAACAUUUUGGAGGAAGUAAAACUAAAAGAUUAGCGUCCGCUGACUUCGGUAAAGACGCCACCGCUGGAUCCGAUUUACAGAGAGCGGUCAGUUUCGUACAACCAUGUCUAAAAGAAGAGUUACUCUGCAAAUAUUCGGAACCAGUGCGCGAUUGCUGUCAUAAGGUGACGGUCGUUGGUAGCGGCAUGGCCGGCGUAGCUUGCGUGCAUUCGCUACUUUUUCAGCAAAUUACUUCGCACGUCGCGCUGGUAGAUGCAUUUCCGAAGAAGCUCGAAGGAGAGGGAAUGGAUUUGGUACACGGUUCGAUAUUUUUAGACGACCCGCGCGUAGAAUUCGACACAGACUUCUGUAUCACGAGUAAUUCAAAAGUGGUCGUCAUAUGUGCGGGUGUGAGGCCAUCUAAGGGUGAGACACGAUUGGACUUGGCGCAACGAAAUGCGGAGAUAAUGAAAACCAUAAUACCGAUUCUGACCGGUUACAGUCCAAACGCGGUGUUCCUGGUUGUCAGUAACCCAGUUGACAUUUUGGCAUGGGUUACGUGGAAAGUGAGCGGAUUACCGGCGAAUCGUGUAAUCGGAAGUGGAACUCUUCUCGAUUCUGCGAGGUUUCGUUAUUUAAUCGCUGAUCGCAUAGGGAUAGCACCGAAGUCCGUUCACGCGACGAUUAUAGGCGAGCACGGUGAAUCUCUGGUUCCGCUCUGGUCCGGAGUGAACGUUGCGGGCGUUCAGUUUCGCGACAUCCUGCCAAAUAUUGGUCUCGAGACCGACGAGGAACGAUGGUUCGAAAUUCCUAAGGAAGUAAUCAGACUUGGGCCGAUGGUGAGAUGCCUGAAAGGAUACACGAACACGGCAGUCGGUCUCUCGACUGCUGACAUCGUGAGGGCUAUUCUGAGUAACUCGCAGAGAGUAAUACCGGUUUCAACAAUGAUUCAGGGUCAUCAUGACGUUUGCCACGAGAUGUACCUGUCCCUGCCAUGUACCCUCGGCGAGAACGGCGUAACGAACAUCGUCCGAAUGCGUAUCACGGAGUUCGAGAAAAAAUUGUUCCGGACAUCAGCGAACCUCGUGUACGACGUGCAAAAGGAUAUUAAAAUAUCGUGAUCAGUUCCACGUUGUCCUUUCCAAACACUGUAUUGUACUAUUUCGUACCAGUUUCCUGUGUUACCCUCGUGUAAAAAGUGUCGUUAAAUAUAUAACCUGGAUUUAUGUAUCA